UUGAACUGGGAUGCGUGUGUGUGUGUGUGUGUGUGUGUGUGUGUGUGUGUGUGCCAUCCACAUUGUUGUGUUGGGGGCGGCUGCACACACGUGCCGCUUCCUGUCGUCUUUGUCCUGCUCCACAGAUUCUUCUCUGGCCGCCACGGGCACUGCCUGCGGGGAGAGGAGAGGAGCUGUCUGCCGUCCCAACCCUGCACCCACCCCCCCUGCAGCAGCAGCGGUCUCCAUCGGCGUCUAGGCAUCGCACGGAGGAGCCUCGGUCUCUUUUCUGCGGGGGUCUCUUGCGAGGCACAAUGACGGGAUUCCCGUCGAGUCUCUCGGUCCGUCCCGCGGUCGUCUGCUCACCUGGGAAGAUGCUGGGGACGGUGCAUCUCUUUCUGAGCGUCUCCGUCCGGGCGACGCGUGAACUGGCUUCUCUUGGAUGAUGCGCACGGGGGUCCUCGCUGCGCGCAUGUUUCGGACUGUCUCAGACGACCCCCAUCCCAACAGGAGACCCAUGCCCCGGGUUUUGCAUCGCUGCCAUCAUCAUCAUCAUCAUCAUCAUCACCAUGUCUCCAGCGUCGGCUGCAACGGCCAGUGAAAGCAGCACCACCACCACCACCACCAACUCCUCCUCCACCGCCGCCGCCGCCGCCGUCCCCGAAGAGGAGCCGGAAAGCCCCCGAGAGGAGCAGCGGCCCCAGAAACAGUCCCUGUCAAAAUCCCUGUGUCAGGAAACCCACUGGAAAUGCCUGCUCCUGUCCCUGCUGAUGUACGGCUGCGUCGGGGUGAUGGCCUGGUGCCAGGUGACCAAGGUCACGCGCCUCUCCUUCGACAGCGCCUACAAGGGAAAGUCUAUGAUGUACCACGACAGUCCCUGCGCCAACGGCUACAUCUACAUCCCCUUGGCCUUCUUGGUCAUGCUGUACGUGGUCUACCUUGUGGAGUGCUGGCACUGCUACACCAGGAAUGAGCUGCAGUACAAGGUGGACGUGGACACGGUGGCCGAGCGCAUCCAGCGAAUGCAGCAAGCUACGCCCUGCAUCUGGUGGAAGGCCAUCAGCUACCAUUAUGUCAGGAGGACGCGGCAGGUAACCCGCUACCGCAACGGAGACGCCUACACAACCACACAGGUGUACCACGAGCGGGUCAACACCCACGUGGCCGAGGCGGAGUUUGACUAUGGGAACUGUGGCGCUAAGGACAUCUCAAAGCACCUGCUGGGCCUGGACAGCUUCCCUAUCACCAGGCUGAGGUUCACAAAGUGCUUUAGUUUUGCCAGUGUGGAGUCAGAGAACUCCUACCUGACCCAGCGGGCCAGGUUCUUCACGGAGAAUGAGGGUCUGGAUGACUACAUGGAGGCCCGUGAGGGAAUGCAUCUGAAGAAUGUAGACUUUAAAGAGCAUAUGAUUGCCUUUUCUGACCCCGAUCACCUUCCCUGGUACACGUCUCACUCCACUUUUUGGGUGGCAGCUGGUUUCACCCUCUCCUGGCCUCUGCGGGUGCUGACAGAGUACCGCACCGCCUGUCUACACUACCAUGUAGAGAAGCUGUUUGGCUUUGACUAUGUGCCAGCAACACCAUCCGAGGAGCAGCCAUAUUGCCGACACAUCCCACGGGUCAACACAAUCGACAGCACAGAACUAGAGUGGCACAUCCGCUCCAACCAGCAGCUGGUGCCCAGCUACUCGGAGGCAGUUCUCAUGGACCUGGCCCAGCUCUCGGGGAGCUGCAACAGCUACUCCGUAUGUGGCGGCUACGGCAGCUACAGGCAGAACUGUGAGCGCUGCCACCGCACCAUGAGCAGCUCCUCCAUCUUCUCUCGCAGCGCCCUCAGCAUCUGCAACACGGGGAGCCCCCGCAUCCCCUUCAGUGCCAGCCGCUUCUCCCUGGGCCGCCUGUACGGCUCCAGGCGGAGCUGCCUGUGGAGGAGCAGUGGGAGCCUGAAUGAGCGGUCCUGCCCCACAGAGAGCACGCGCUGUCUGUCGGGUCAGCAGACCAGUGAGGAGAACCCUCCAGCCUAUCAGGACGCCCUGUACUUCCCAGUGCUCAUUGUGCAUCGCAACGAAGGCUGCCUCAACCAUGACCACCACUCCCUGCACAGAAACGGCGCAUGUGUAGAGACUUCACUAUGACCCCCGGCUUCAACACUUGUCUGAGCAAAGGAUAGAAUGAUACAGGCACAGAGCAAGACACCUCUUAACUCCUGGGUUAAUAUAAUAAUGGAUUUUGCUUCAUCCUUUUAAAACGGAAUUUAUCCCUCACAAGCUACCACAGACAAGGAUUUGUUCAAGUUUCUAAAAACUACUGUAGCCUCAAACAAAUGAGGAAGAAAUUGCGUCUUUGAUAGUCCUGAUAAGUCCUGGAAAAACAGGCUAGAUGUUCUUGAUGAGACUGUUGGUGAAAAUACUGUGUGGCUUUUAAGGACCACACUGCCAAAGUGUCAUGUACAGCGCUACAUCGUCCGCCAAGAAUCAAAUAACCAAGGAAAACCAAGUGGAGUCACAUCCCACUGUAAAUGCCAUACUUGCAGAUCUUAGUCACAGGCAAUUUUCAAGGACAUGUAUAACACUUUCUCAAAUUUGGAGCCUAAAAUAUCUUUUAACUCAAUGGUAACUUCAGACAUUGCAGAGAAAUGAAAGGAAUCUGACAAUUAAUGAAGGAAUGAACAAUUGAUAAUUGAAGUGAAUUAGGCAAAUCAUGGGGCAUAGUGCAAAGAUAUCAGCCUCCCUGCUCAAAGCAUAAUUAAUAAUGUUCAAAAAAUUAUAAUACAUGUUCUAAAGCUCUAAUUAAGUGAAGUAAACUUGAGCCCAAAUAUAGAAUAUAAAUAUCUGCAUGUAAAACAUUUUUGAUACUGUGUGAUUUCUAUUUGUUAAUUCAAAGUAAAUGUUCAUAGAAAUCCAUUGGGGGGAAAAAGGAGAUACAUUUCCACUGCAUAAAAAUAAACGUCUGAUACAGAUGCUAAAAUAUCCAGUUAGCUCCAAUCGGCUUGGUUGCGCUGACCUUAUACUUCUCAGCUUGCUAAAUAUAGUCACACACUCGAUGAAUAAUUUAGCACAGGAAACCUAAGGACAUGGAUGAACAGCAAUUGUUUCUUCGAUCACUACAUAUAACGGCCAAGGACAUAAUACUAUUGAUAGAUCUGUGUCACCUCAGCUACUUUCAAGUCUCAAAGAUCCAUUUAAAUUCAUAUUUGGCAAUAUUUUUAAUUCAGCCUACCUCUUUAUUUAAGUGCCUGUUACUGUUACUGACAAGCAUAAGCUAACACAACUUUACCAUCUCAACAUCUUUCCAUUAAAACAAGUGAAAAUUUACACUCAUGAUAGCACAGGAUACACAGGAGGAACAUGUAUCACCUGAUCUCAUUACAUUUUAAAAAUAUAAAAAGGUCAGAGUCUAAAUGUUCCGCAGAUGAAUUUCCUCAUAAUGUAACACAGCUCUUACACAGCCAGCGCUGUGCUCUGUUGAUGCGUAUCAGAGAGACAGCCAGAGAGCUGGCCACCAAAGACGCUAGAAAUAGGCAGAGGCCCGGAUUCACUACUGAUAGUGUCAGAUUUAAUAAUAUCACAGGAUUUCUUUACAGAACAAAAAAAAAAAAAAAAAACUGGGUGCACUGAGUUGUUUUUUAGUCCCGGUGAAUUGUGUCAUACAGCCAAGCCAUGCACAACAAUAAAUGUUGAAACAGAAAUAAUAAUACAAAAUCUGGCAUGUUAAAACAUUUUUGAAAAAGAUAUUGGUCAGCUCAUUGAAACACAAAUCAAAGUUUGCUUCUUCUUUUUUUCCUCUCGAUUACACCUCAACAUUUAUUAAUAAGGUUAUUUAUGGGCGAAAAUAAGCACAAGGCUAAUUCAGGAAAACUGAAAUAUUUACAAGCCAGUCUUCAUCUUGAAAGAUUGAAGUGGCAUGGAUCGCAGGCACAUUAUUUUCUGCCAUGAGGACCUUCAGAGUCAUUGCAAAUCUAAGAACAGCGAGGAUCUUGACUGUGGUGGAACGUUUUCGAUACAACAUUGUCUCCACAAUAAUGGGCUCCUACUGGAAUAUUGUGACCAACUACCCGUAUUCAUUACAUUCCAUGUGUGGUGUUAGCUUUGGAGUUGGGGGACUAUCUUUAUAGCAAUACUGAAAACAGUCAAAGUCAAUGAGGCAUCCUAAAAAUUUAAAAAAGAAAUCUGAUUCUAGCAAACCUGCCAUUUCAUUCGAAAUGUUUUAACCUGUUUUUCGCAACUCAUCUAUGCAAGCCCUGACAACUCAGGAUCAUAUUCGGUGCAAGGUCAUAUUCUGCUUGCAAACAACAUCCCAAAACUUCAAGUCAUCUCAACUUUCCGUCCAGACAGUUAUGCAGACUUUGCUUUUCCAAAAGCUUUUAACUGCGUCGAGGGGCUUUGCAAAACACAGGAUUUUGAGCUACUUACUGUCGUAACUCUCUCCUCGCAGAUACAGGAGGGAAAGGUACAGAAGCAGGUCAGAUGAAAAUAAACCGGUUACAUUCAUCUGUGAAUAAAUAAAAAAUGAUUUGCUUGGUUCUUUUCAAUUAAACAAGUUAGAAAAGGGCUUCUCAGUAAAAGCAAGUAGGUUUAGUUAGGUAACUGUUAUUCUUGGUUGGUAUUUAAAUAUUUAGCAACAAUUCAUUCUUACAUGAGAACUACUUCAUGUGGUGCAAUCCAUUCAAAAAAGUGAAAUGUAAUAAUAAUAAUUAUAUUUAAUUUUUAAAGCGCUUUUCAUGGACCCAAUGUAAAACUUUAUACAGUGAAUACUUGCAUAGAAAAUGAACACGGACAUGUUUGAGCUUACAAACGGCAGGUGCAACCUGCUCCAGGCACUGGCGUUCACAAUACUUACUGUACAUACUGACAUCUGUGUUAGCAUAUUGAAGAAAAUUGAUUGACUGAUUGAGAUCAAAGCUUUAUUAGCUUUCUUGCGAAGAUUUGGAUGAAAAGAUCAGUAACGUUCUGAUAUCUGUGCGGUAAAUAUUGCCAGCAGCCAGUUAGCUCAGCUUAGCCGGCUGCAGGCCAGAAACAGGGAAACAGCUAGCCAAAAUCCACCUAUUAAAAGAAUGCUCACCAUUUUCAGUCUUUACGCUAAGCUAAGCUAAACAGCUACUAGCUCUAGCAGUUAGCUUAGCCUAACCUACAGGCCAGAAACAGGGAAACAGCUAGCCAAAAUCCACCUAUUAAAAGAAUGCUCACCAUUUUCAGUCUUUACGCUAAGCUAAGCUAAACAGCUACUAGCUCUAGCAGUUAGCCUAGUUUAGGCCACAGACCAGAAACAGGGAGACAGCUAGCCAAGAUCCACCUAUUAAAAGAAUGUUUCAACAUUUUCUGUCUUUAUGCUAAGCUAAGCUUAACAGCUACUG